AUGUCUCUUACUUGCUACAAGGCUUUCAAAAUCUUGGCAACCUUAGUCUGUGGAGUCCUACUUUUUUUUUCAACGGUGACUGCGGUCGUAAAUAACGCAAAUUUGUCGACUCAGGAAAUUGAACGCCGAGAAGCUUCACCAGUGGAGUCUUACGUAUCUUCAGAAGCAGCAGGACCCGAAUUGCCCGCACAGGUUUACGGUACUCCACCUGCAUCUUAUUUUUCUUCUCCCGCUCCAGAUGUACCUCUAGCUGGUUCUGCACCGCUUCAAAUCUCGCAGAACCCAAUUCAAGUCCCGCAUAAGGAGUAUGGCGUACCAGUUCAGAAUUACGGUCCUCCAAAUGUCAAUAUUGAAUAUGGACCGCCAUUGUUAACGGUUCAAAAACCGAUCUAUCAAGGUCAUCCAAAGAUGCAACCGCACGGCCCACCAUCCUUCCACCAUAAAAAGUCAUCUUCUUUCCUGGAACAAUUGUUCUCAACGUUCGGAUUUGGUGGAAGUGAAAAUGAUUAUCACACACAAAAUUAUUAUCUUCAGUCAUCGAAACCAAUCUACGGACCACCGUCACAUGCUGCAGUUCACGCUGGAAAUCCUACGGGGUCAUUAGGUGUGGGUGCAAAACCCGUCUACGUAUCGCCUUUUUCAGGAUCUCCUCAAUCUGCUUACGGAACUCCCCUGCACUCGCAUGUUACAACAAAGCCUAUAUAUAAUCUACCUCUCAAAGCUGGUUACGGUCCUCCAGUACAAUCUGCGGUUUUUAGUUCGUCAACACCUUUGCGACAUCAAAUGGUAUCAGUUGAUCAUGCUCCCCCAACUCCUCCGGAAAUCAAGUGUGAUGGGUGGAAACCUAUUGCAGGACCCAUCACCCAGCCUGAAAUUCAUGCUCCUGAAUCCUCGUAUGGGCCACCACCAAGUGGAGAUUUUUCAGGAGCCCAUCAAUUUGUGUCCAGCACUGGUGCUAUGCAUUCUACCAAUAUCAAUUUGCAACUACCUAAGGUUGAGCAAGGUCUUGUAUUCAAUGCACAUACGGAUAUUCACCCUGGUCAAGAAAAUUCAAAGGCUGCCAGCUACGAGAUACAUUCAAACUUUCUCAGCGAUUCUUUCAUAACUCCUCCACAAGAUUCGGAGCAACUCGACAAGUAUAAGGACCGUUUUAGCAAACAAUCAACUUCUUCACUGUUACCACCACCACCACCAUCACCGGCACAAAAACUUCAGUUUCAACCAGCCUCACAAUACGGACCACCGAUUCGUCAUCCUGGAUUGAGUAUUUCUCAUGGUAGUGUGAGUGGAAACUUAAAACCUUGGCCAGUUUCUGGCUCCCCACCACGGCACCCAAUCGCAUAUCGUCCACCAGUACCACAAGGAUUAAUAGAAUCUAUAGGACAUGCUGUUGAACAUCAAGAAACCUUUGGAACUAAGUCGACUUAUUCAGGCGACGUUUAUCUUCCACCGCCAACGCACGAUGCUACCCAUUCCGAACCUUCCAGCAUAGAGCUGAAUGUGCUGCCCUCAGAACAACCAGCUAAACCAUUUCUCACACAACACCAAAUACUCGAAACUCAAUCCCUUGUUCAGGAGCCUCGCUUACACUCCCACAACGCAGCACAACUUGUAUCUGCCGACUGCGGAAAUGGCCCGGCAUCUGUGGACGUACAACAAUCAGUAAAAACCAAUCAGCUCUCGAUCAUAAGGCACACCACGGGCACAGAUAACUCAGGGGAUUUCAGCUUAAAGCAUACUAUGAACCCUAAGGAAUAUAAUGAACAUUCAGAAUCCAACCAUCAGCUGUAUGCUUCCAACUUACCUGGACUAGACGGUGGCUUUGGAGGUUUGGAAUUAAUAUCAGCUCAAAAGUCGCACAGUCUCAGUAUUCCUGUACAGGGACAGCAUAGUUCCUACCAUCUACAAUUUCAAUCAGCCGAUCCACAGGGUACCGGCUCUGCACCACAUGAGCAAAUUCUCUCGGAUGGUCUUUUACAAUCAAUAUUGAGUGCUAUAGAACAUCCUCAACAACAUCGUCCAACAAUAGAGCAGGAACCAUACGACCCAAACAUUGAUCAUAGUGAUGUGUCCGUUUUUCUCAAGAGUCCUGAAGGGUUGAAUACUCUGCAAGAUCACCCGAAGGGGGUUGUAGAUCAUACAACAGAAAUCCGCCUAGCGUGAUA